CCCGCCGAGCUCCAGCCAGCGGCAGCGCUGUUGCUUUAAGAGCGGAUCCUCGCAGCCCCCUCCCGCCCCGGCAGCCGGAAGGGGGAUGUGAUGCAAAAAAAGAAGGAAAAAAAACUCCCCGUGGAAGUUGGGAGCUCGGCGCCUGGACCCCGACUUCGCGCUGCGGGACGCGCUCCAAGAAAUGUAGAUGGCAGCUGCUGGCUGUGAAGGACUCGCGCCCGACUGACCCGGUGCAGCACUUCCCACUGCCCACCAUGAUCCUCUGCAUGCUGCUGCUGGCUGCUCUGCCUGAGCCAUCCAGUGCCGAAGUCAACCCUGCAAUAUGCCGAUACCCUUUGGGGAUGCAUGAAGGGACCAUCCGAGAUGAAGACAUUACAGCCUCCAGUCAGUGGUAUGACUCCACAGGACCCCAGUAUGCACGGUUGCAGAGGGAAGAAGGGGAUGGAGCGUGGUGCCCAGCAGGCCUGUUGCAGCCGGAAGAUGUGCAGUUCCUCCAAAUCGACCUGCACAAGUUCUUUUUCAUCACGCUGAUCGGGACGCAGGGACGGCAUGCCCGUGCCACAGGCAAAGAGUUCGCCCGUGCUUACCGCAUCGAUUACAGCCGCAAUGGGGAGCACUGGAUCUCCUGGAAAGAUCGGCAGGGCAGGCAGGUGAUUCAAGGCAACAUUGAUACAUACGAUGUGGUCCUGAAAGAUCUUCGGCCCCCAAUCAUUGCCCGUUAUAUCCGGGUGAUCCCUGUAACGGAGCUGCCCAUGACUGUCUGCAUGAGGGUGGAGCUCUACGGCUGCAUGUGGUUUGAUGGUUUGGCGUCCUACAGCAUCCCUGAGGGAGGGACGAUAGCGGCCCCAGGCUCUCCCGUCAUUUACCUGAAUGACUCAACCUACGAUGGCUUCCAGGAGCGCAGGCAUUUGUAUGGAGGUCUGGGCCAGCUAACAGAUGGUGUACUGGGACUGGACGAUUUCACACAGAGUCACCAGUACCGUGUGUGGCCAGGGUAUGACUAUGUCGGCUGGAAGAAUGAGAGCUUCAGCACAGGUUCUGUCGAAAUGGAGUUUCAGUUUGACCGGCAGAGGAACUUCACCUCUAUGAAGGUGCAUUGCAACAACAUGUUUUCUAAGGGGGUGAAGAUCUUCCAGAAGGUGGAAUGCCUCUUCAAACCACGGCUGAUUGCAGAGUGGGAGUCUGAACCUGUUGGCGUUUCCACCAUCUUGGAUGACAAAAACCCCAGUGCGAGGUUUGUGACCAUCCCCCUGAAUCAGCGGGUGGGCAAAGCCAUCCUUUGCCAUUUCUACUUUGCUGACACCUGGAUGAUGAUCAGUGAGAUUUCCUUCCAGUCUGACAUGGAGAAUGUAAAUCCUAUUCUGGUUACUCUAGCCACAAGCACAGCAGAGCUGCUGGAUGCACAGUACAAUGCUACUGAGGCGUCAUGGGAAACCACUUCUUUUAUAACCAGCACCUGGAUAGGGGAGAAAGCAGAUGACUCCAGUACCUCCAUCCUGGUUGGCUGCCUUGUGGCUAUUAUCCUUCUGCUCCUGAUCAUUAUAAUCAUCAUUCUGUGGAAGCAGUAUGUCCAGAAGAGACUGGAGAAGGCCCCACGGCGAAUCCUGGAGGAGGACGCCAUGGUUCGUCUCUCCUUCUACAGCUACACCAUCGUCAGCAACCAGAACCAGAUCCACCAGUCUAAUCCCACCUACGAACGGGUCUUCCCACUGGACCUGGAAUAUCAUCAGCCUGCCACACUGCUCCAGAAGCUACCAGAACUCUCCCAAAGUGCUGAGGAUUCAGCGUGCAGUGGUGACUACGCUGAGCCCGACCUCACCAAGUCCACCCCCCACCAGGGUUUCCAGAACAACGUGCCUCAUUACGCGGAGACCGACAUUGUCAGCCUGCAGGGCGUGACGGGCAAUAACAUGUACGCCGUGCCCGCCCUCACGGUCGAUUCGCUCACCAAGAAGGACAUCUCCGUGGGCGAGUUCCCCCGGCAGCAGCUGCGACUCAAGGAGAAGCUGGGAGAAGGGCAGUUCGGAGAGGUGCACCUGUGUGAAGCAGAUGGCCUGUUGGAAUUUUUGGGACUCUCGUCUACGGAACUCACCAACCAACCGGUUCUAGUGGCAGUGAAAAUGCUAAGAUCCAAUGUCAACAAAACAGCCAGAAAUGAUUUCCUAAAGGAGAUCAAGAUCAUGUCCCGGCUGAAGGACCCAAAUAUCAUCCGACUGCUGGGAGUGUGUGUGCGUGAUGACCCUCUGUGCAUGAUAACAGAGUAUAUGGAGAACGGAGACCUCAACCAGUUCCUGUCACAGCGGGAGAUCUGCAGUAAAUUCACCAUUUCAAACAACAUUCCAUGCGUCAGAAAACAGGAUCGGACUUCAACAGCAGCAACAAUAACAGCUCCAGUCCAGCUCACCUAACUUCUUCCCUUUCCCCCCAAAAGAACAGCUAUUACCAUGUGUAGUACCACCUAAAAACCUGUCACUUGGAGGUGUUUUCCUUCUAAAACUCUCUUCAGCUAAAGGUAAAGGGAACAAGGGAUAUUGUUAAAAAGAAAGCCUUAAAUAAUACUGUACAUUUCAGAUGCUUUAACUGUUUUUCCUUCUUUCCUGUCUCUUUAAUAAAAGGUUAAAGAUGCUUAAUGGUGUUCUUUGCCACUGGGACUAAGCCAGCUGAGGUCUCUGUAUACCAAACCUUGUUUAAAACUGUUUAAUAUUGGACAGUGAGAGGGUCACAUUAACCCCUUUGACUCUUUGGGCCAAUUUAUUCCAUCAAUGUUAAUAGAGUGUUAUUUCAGCUUCCAUACUGAUGACCCAUCCGACCCCUUAGCUGCGUGGUUCCUCACCUUCACCUCAUCAACCAAGCAGCACUGGUUGGGCUCUCCCACUCACCAGAAGAGCCAUUCACUUGACCUGGUCUUCCCCAAGCCCUGCUUUCUGUGAUCUCACCAUGAGUUCUGAGGUCCCCCAUCACCUGGUCUCUUUCAGCAGCUCCCCCUCACUCUGUCACUCGAUCCUUCUGGGUGUGUCUAGGGUUCAAAUUCAGGCUAAAGCCUAACCCCUCCCCUUCCGUCUUCACACAAACUGUGCUAACCCAGGGCGCGGACCCCGAGUCCCAUGCGGGUUGAAGGGUCCAAGCCUGAGUCAAGCUGAGACCCAGGGUUCAAGCCCUAUUGCUUUGCAGUGUAAAUGCAGUCCCACUGGACUUGUGCUCUGGGAGUCUGCCAAAAGUAUCCCACAGUCCCAUGUUCUUCCACACUCCCCCACAAACAAAGGUCGAGAGCAGCCACAUUUUGGGAGGGUGCUAAGAAGUCUGGGAUAUGGGUGUUUGGACUCGGGCCCAUAUAAUGCAGUGUAGAUGCUGGAGCCCUAGGUUGGGACCCACGGUUCACCAAUUCCUAAUCUGGGGUUACAAAUGGGUGUAGAUGCUCAAGCUCUAGGUUAACAAACCCAGGGUCUGCUAACUCGAGUUCUGCUAACCCUGGGCUUACAUUGCAGUGUAGACAUACCCUCUUUGACUUUCAUUCCAUCAAUGCUGAUAAUUAAUUUCUCUGCUGCUCUCUGCUCCCUGCGUUCUCUUCCCUUUCUUCCCUGGUGGUUGUUGAUUCUCUUGAAUCCUUUGCCAGCCCCAGCCCUAGCUCAUCCCCAACAUCCUCCGUUCCUGCUCUCAUGCAGCAGAGCACCUCUAGUAUCCUCUGAUCAUGCCAACAACUUGUUCCUUGAGUUCUGCCAUGGUCCUAUGCCAAGCCACUCUACUUUUCCACACUGAUCAAAUUCCAUGCGGGCAAUCCCAGCUGACUUUUCACCUCCUUUGACUCAGUCCUCAAACCCUCCCUCCCCCACUUCUCCUCCUAUACAAGAGCUACCUAAUUUCUUGAAAGAGAACACUGACAAAAUAAGACAAGGCCUUCCCUUCCCUUUCUACAGCUUUGCCUCCUUCUCUCUUGUCAUAGACACAGAAGUUUCUCAUUUGCUCUCCUCUAACCCCACAACCUGUCCCAGUGUCCCCAUCCCGUCUCCUGAUCUCCCUCACACCCACUCUCAUCCUCUCCCUUACUCUUCUUGUUAGCCCUCACUCGUCUCUGGCUCGUUCCCCACACAAUACAAACAUUUUAGUCUCUUCCAUCUUCAAAACACCGCCCUUGACCACGCUUGCUCCCUUCUUCCUUUCAUCUCUUAGCUCAUUGAAUGCUCUGUUUACAAUCGCUGUCUUAAGUUCCUCUCCUCCAAUUCCACCCUAGACCCUCUCCAAUCCAUCUUCUGCACCUUGCACUCCACUGGAACCACGCUCACCAAAGUCACUAAUGACCUCUUUCUAGCCAAGCUCAGAACCAGUGCUCCGUCUUCAUCCUCUUUGACCAGUCAGCUGCCUUUGGCACCAUCAGCCAUGCUCUUGUUCUUGAAAUCUUCUUCUUCCCUUGGCUUCUGUGACUGUCCUCUUUUGAUUCUCCUCCUUCCUCUCUAAUCAUUCCUCCAACAUGCCCUUGGGAGGAUCCUCCUUGUGCCCUCUGCAACUUUCUGUGGGGGUUCCACAGGGCUCUGUCCUUGGUUCCCUUCCCUUGUCCCUCUCCACCUUAUCUCGGGGUAAUCUCUAUGCUGAUGACACACAGAUCUACCUCUCUGCUCCAGACCUGCCUUCUUCUGUCCAAACUGAAAUCUCAGCCUGUCUCUUGGACAUCUCCUCGUGGAAGUCUAGCUGCCAUUGCAUGGUAAAUAUGGCUAAAACAGAGCUCCUAACCUUCCCCCCGAACCCUUCCUGCUACCUCCUUCUCAGUCACUGUAGAUAGCACCACCAUGCUGUCACUCAGGCCCAUAACCAGGGUGUCAUCUUUGACUCGGCCCUCUCUUUAGGUCCUCGUUUCCAUCUAUGUCUAAAUCUUGCCCUUCCUCAUCCAUACCAUCUAAGAUACAGCCCUUUCUAUCCAUCCACACAGCUCAAAGGUUCGUCCAGGCUCUCAUCUCACAUCUGGAUGACUGCCACAUCCUUCUCUCUGGCCUUGACAGAUGCAAUCUUGCCCCACUCAGAGCCAUUCAGAAUGUUGCUGCAAAGAUCAUUUCCCUAGCCCAUUGCUUUGCCCUUGUCACCCCUUCGCUCCUUUGCCUCCCUCCACUGCCCUCACAUUGCCUCAAAUAGAAGAUGCUUGGCUUCACUUUCAGGGCUCUUCAUGGCCUAUCCGCGCCCACCAAUCAUCUCUCAUUUGCUAUUGAGAGGUCAGCUCCCGGCUCUCCUCCUGCCAAUGCCAGCCUUCACUGCCCACUCGUUAAAUCUCCAAACCGACCCCUGUGUGCUUUCUCCCAUCCUGCUCCUUAUUCAUGGGAGGAGCUCCCUGUAAACACGCACACCCUACCCAAUUAUACACAUUCAAAUCCCUCCUCGAAACUCUCCUUCGAGGUGAUGCUGACGACAAACUUGACAAUGGUUAGGCUGCUGGUGUGACGAGACCAUGGCCCAUCCUGCUGAUCAAUGCUGUCUCCUUGUUUCUUUGUUGGCCCCCGUCUGUCUGUCUGUUGUCUUUUGUCUUAUACUCAGAUUGCAAAGUCUUUGGGGCAGGAAGCGUCUCUUUGUUCUGUGUUUGUACAGCGCCUUGCACAAUGGGUCCUUGUCCAUGGCCAGGUUCCUGUGACGGGGGCUGCAGCAUGAAGAAGCCUGCAAGCUCAGCUAUGAGCAAUUAAACAUUUUCUGUUGGGGGAUUAUGAGCACCUGGGUGGUAAUCACUGGGUUAACGAUGUAAUUGGGAGGACAGAAGUGGAAGGAGCAGGAAGCCAGGAAAACUGAGAAGGAAAGCUCAGAGGGUGAUAUUGGGCUGAAGAGUGACGGCUGUGGGGAAACCUCCUCUUGCUGUAACCCUGAUGUACACUGUUAUACUUGGCAAGGAAGGAAUAUAUACACACGUGGUGCAAAUGUAACAACCUGGUGUGUGUUUGUGCCAUGAGCCCACACAAAUUGGCCAGGCAGUGCAGUACCCUGGGUGGCGGCAGAGCUCCUUGGUGCUGCAGUAACACAAAUAAGGAUAAAUCGUGGCUGCUUCUGAAAAUUCUGAACCAAGGCUAUCUUGCCUACCAUCCCAGGGAAGCUUGUGGCAAAGCCAGUGAUAGGACCUUUCUUUCCUGGGUCCUACCCCACUGCCUUAACCACAAGACUGUAUUUUCUCUUUCUGAAGGCACCUGCCUCAUUCACUCAUCUUCCCAGUUCUGAGCUGUUUGAGACAGGGUCUGCUGGCAAAACCCACAUGUGAUCAUGUCAUUAAAGACAGUGUCAUAAUACAUGUGCACAAGGGGGCAGGAUUAAGGGCAUGAAAAAUAACAAAUGGUAUUUCUAGAGACAUGGUAAUGGUGGCAGUCAGGACAUCCUGCCCUUUCUCAGCCCUGCAAGAACACAAGCUCUUCCCCAAGAAAUAACAAUGUGCCGUUUAGGGCCAGAUUUACAGGCACUAGCCUCUCUGUCUGUGACUGCCAGUCAGGUCACUUAGAUACCUAAGCCCCACCCAGCACCCAUAAAUCAGGGACUUGUGUGACGUGGGGCCAGAUUUCCCAAUAGCUUGGAGCCAAAUUCCCAAGUGAUCAGCACACACCAUUGAGGCCAGAUUGUCAAAAUGGCUGAGGACCCUGUGCUGAGCACCCUUGGAAAUCUGGCUACUUCUUUUGGUGACUAAAUGGGAGCUGAGUGCUUUGGAGAAUCUGUCCCACAGUUGUGAAAUCCCUGAUUUAUGGGCUCUCAGCAUCUCAGGGUAUGUCUACACUGCAGCUGGGAGAGAGUGCAGGGAACCAGAGACACACUGGCGGGGCUCCAGCUAGCGUGCUAAAAUAGCAGUGUGAACAUUGCAGCUUGGGCUCUCAAGCCCACCAGACCCCCUGGAUCCGUGCUCAGGUGGCUAGCCCAUACAUGGCUCACGCUUCCGGGAAGGCAGUUAGUUCGUUGCAAAUGUACACUCUAGACUGACAGGGAUAGUGAGGAAUGAGGAGUUAAGUGACACCAUUGUGCUUAUUGCAACACACAGCAUGCAAGAUUCCCGCAGCAGGAAGAGUCAAGAGAAAAGCGACUGCAAGGAAACUCUCCUUUGACUUUCUGUUUGUUUUAA